AAAAAAAAAAAAAAAUUCUGCCACAGCUGACUCCGGACGCCAUCUUUGUCGCGAACAUAAACAACAUAAGAGAGUCGCGUUGGCAUCUUGCUGUGCCGCUGCUGCUACACGGAACACGACUUACAGUUUUUCCUAACGCGGAGUUCAUCCUUUCGGCCGAAGAUGUUAGCCGCCCUGGUCACCUGAGACCCCCGGCAGGUCGGUGAGACAAACGCAUGUCCAUCGAGGGGCAGGACGGAUAGCUGGGGUUAGUUUGAAGAGGUGGAAGCGGUUGUUGGUGUGCGCGAGCAUGAUACCAUGACAACGGUGCAGCUUUCCUUAUGAGCACGUCAUGAAACGUUUCUGCUGCUCUCGCCUGAAUAAUAAAAAAUAACGGUGGCCGGGGGUUUUAAAGCAUUGCGGACCCAGCAUUGAAGCCCACGCCGCCUCAGAGUGUCAGCAGGCUAACCGGGCCGCUCGAGAUGGGGAUCCUCUGCGGAUUUCCUCACCGGGAGGGAGCGGAGGUGUAGAGGGGGCGGGGAGAGCAGCCACCUCCUCCCACACAACCCACAGCACUGAACGGAUGGACCAAGAGUACGAAAGACGGCUGCUGAGGCAGAUCAACCACCAGAACCUGCACACAGAGCGCCGCAUGACCAAGAGUUUAGGAGCUGCCUGCAGCCCUCUCAGUGUGAAGUCAGGGGACCGCUUCAUUCCCACCCGCGCUGGAAGCAACUGGAGCAUCAACUUCCACUAUGCCAACGAGAACUGCCACUCUCCCGCGCAGAACCACAAAGCGAAGGACGCCGGCUCCGACUCCAGCAAAGACGCCGUGGCCUACGCCGCCCUGCUGAGGAAUGAGCUGCUCGGCGCCGGCAUCGAGACGGUGGCGGAGCCUCACGCCGACGACCGGCGGCACGAAGUCCUCGCUCCAGACUCCUGCAGCCUUUUCAGGUACGCUGUCCACACGAAGAGAGUGCCUUGCGAUGGCGGUAAUGAAGUCUCCCCCUUCUCACUUUCUCCGCUCAGCAACAAGAGUCACAAGCUGCUCCGUUCGCCCCGCAAACCGGCGCGAAAGAUCUCCAAGAUCCCGUUCAAAGUUCUGGACGCUCCGGAGCUGCAGGACGACUUCUACCUCAACCUGGUGGACUGGUCGGCAGGAAACCUGCUGAGCGUGGGGCUGGGGGCCUGCGUCUACCUGUGGAGUGCCUGCACUAGCCAGGUGACCAGGUUAUGUGACCUUUCCGUUGACGGGGACUCUGUCACGUCGGUGUGUUGGAAUGAGCGGGGGAGCCUGGUGGCCGUAGGAACCCACAAGGGUUACGUUCAGAUCUGGGACGCAGCCGGAGGCCGGAAGCUGACGUGUCUGGAGGGCCACUCGGCCCGAGUAGGUGCGCUGGCGUGGAACGGGGAGCAGCUGUCGUCGGGGAGUCGGGACAGGGUGAUCCUUCAACGGGACGUCCGAACGCCGCCUGCCACGGAGAGAAGGCUGCAAGGUCACCGGCAAGAGGUGUGCGGCCUCAAGUGGUCUCCGGACCACCAGCACCUUGCUUCUGGAGGCAACGACAACAAACUGCUGGUGUGGAACAGCUCCAGCCUCGUCCCCGUGCAGCAGUACAGCGACCACCUGGCGGCCGUGAAGGCCAUCGCCUGGUCCCCUCACCAGCACGGGCUGCUGGCCUCGGGCGGCGGCACCGCCGACCGCUGCCUGCGCUUCUGGAACACCCUGACGGGUCAGGCGCUGCAGAGCACCGACACCGGCUCCCAGGUCUGCAACCUGGCCUGGUCCAAACACGCCAACGAGCUGGUAAGCACUCACGGCUACUCUCAGAACCAGAUUCUGGUGUGGAAGUAUCCGUCUCUAACGCAGGUGGCCAAGCUGACCGGACACUCCUACAGAGUCUUAUAUCUGGCCGUGUCUCCGGACGGAGAGGCCAUCGUUACCGGAGCCGGAGACGAGACUCUUCGCUUCUGGAACCUCUUCAGUAAAACACGAUGCACUAAGGAAUCAAAGUCUGUGCUGAACCUUUUCACAAGGAUACGAUAGUGGGCAGCCAUUGGUCGGGGAGGCUGCAGGAGGAUCCUGAGUGGAUCAAAUUCACAGACUCAUGGACCCUCUGCAGUGAGCACCCACCUCCACAGAGACUGUCCUAGUUCAAACAUUUUCCACCCUCCCGACGACGACCGUCGCAGAUUAAAAACAGAAAGUCGCUACGCGCGCUCUUCUUAAAAAGUCGCUCUUGUUCUCCUUACUGUCGUGGAUGUGAUCAAGUUGUUUUUCUUAUCUAUUAGCAGAUAUGAGAGUUCUAAGUUAUACGAUGUAAUGAUGGAAGCUUUUUUUUUUUUUAAAAAGAAAAGAAAAAAAGGCUGUAACGGAGAGGAGGAAAGAGGGGGGGAGGGGCUGGACUGGGACGUUCCCAUAAAGCAGCAGCAUGCGACUGGAAAGAGGAACCAAUCAGUAAACACUCAUUCACCUGCAACAACAGAUUGCUUUAAUCAGUGUUGUUGUUUUUUGUUGUUUUUUUUCUUCCAGUAAAUGUACAUUCAUGGCACUGUGACACUUUCUGACAACUAUUUUAUUAAAAACAUGUCCCACAGUGA